AUGCGGAGAAAAAUCAAGUAUGGCGACCAAGCUAGGGCGUUCCCCGCAGGCGACGCGGGGGGUGAUCGCCGUGACCCUCCGAAAAGUGGACGACGGCUACCGUAUACAGAGUGGAUACGGCUAAAGAAGCAAGCUCAAAGACGGAAGAGGAGAGAGGAACAAAGGACCACCAGGAAACUAAGGGUUGGCACACUGAACGUGGGCACUAUGACUGGAAGAGUCGUGGACAUGAUGGAAAGGAGAAAAAUCAACAUCCUGUGUGUACAAGAGUCAAAGUGGAAAGGGGAAAAAGCCAGAGAAAUGGGAAAUGGGUACAAAAUGUACUAUGUAGAACACGAGGCAAAGAGAAAUGGAGUCGGGAUAGUGCUGGAUCCAGAAAUGAAGGAAGGUGUACUACAGGUACAUAGAAAGUCGGACAGGGUUAUGUGGGUGAAGAUGGAACUUGUGAAGGAGGUCGUCAACAUUGUAUGUGCAUACGCCCCACAGGUAGGGUGUGAUGCGGAGGAAAAGGAAAUUUUCUGGAAGACCAUGGGAGAAGUCAUGCUAGAGAUCCCAGGGACGGAGAAAGUCUGGAUAGGAGCGGACCUUAAUGGUCAUGUAGGAGGAGGAGUGGAUGGGUUUGGAAGCAACAUCGGGAAGUUUGGAUUUGGAACACGGAACGAAGAGGGGGACAAAAUUCUGGAAUUUGUGGCGGCAAACAAUCUUGCGAUCACAAACACCUACUUCCAGAAAAGCGACUCCAGAAGGAUCACCUAUACCAGUGGCGGUGUAAAUUCCCAAGUGGACUACAUCAUCUGCAGAAGGAGUGAGCUAAAAAGGGUACAAGACUGCAAGGUACUGCCAGGAGAAGCCUUAGCGAAACAACACAAAGUAGUCACCUGCACAGCGACAGUCAAGGCAGAGAAAACGAAGAAGAGAGAAAGGACAAGGAAGACACGAUGGUGGAAACUGAAUGAGAGCGAGCAUAGAGAGAAGUUUGUGGAAAAGGCAAUGGCGGCAAUCAAUGAACAACGAGAGAAAUCAUGGGAAGAAACCAGCAGAGUGUUAAAAGAUACAGCGAAGGAGAUUUUGGGGGUAACAUCAGGGAAACCAGGAAGAAAGGAGGAAACGUGGUGGUGGUACGAGGUACAAGAAGCAGUAAAAGUGAAAAAGGAGAUGAAAAAGCAAAAAGACUUCAACAGGUGCGAGGAGACAAUAGAAGCGUACAAAGCGGCAAACAAGGCAGCAAAGAGAGCGGUAGCAAGGGCAAAAGCAGAAGCAUACAAAGAUUUGUAUGACGCCUGA